AUGAAUUCUGAAGAUACCUAUCAUUCUGUGCAAGAGUGCUACGGAGGCGUUGCAAAACAGGCCGGCCCUGAUAGCCAAAGGGCCUAUGAACGCAAGGUCGCGACCGCAUUUGGGUAUGAUCUAGAGGAGUUGCGCUCUAUUCCAGCCAACGCGAAUCUAGGUGUCAGCUGCGGGAAUCCGCUAGCAACAGCAAAUUUAGGAAAGGGCGAGACUGUGGUUGACUUGGGUAGUGGCGGGGGCAUCGACGUUCUGUUAGCCGCAAAGAAGGUUGGACUGGAAGGAAAGGCUAUCGGUAUUGACAUGACGAAGGAUAUGCUGGAAUUGGCCCGUCGAAACGCGAAGAAUGCUGGCGCCUCAAAUGCAACUUUUAUCGAGGCUUUCAUUACUUCUAUCCCGAUGCCAUCAUCUAGCGUCGAUUGCAUCAUCAGCAACUGUGUGGUAAACUUGGUGCCGGAAGCCGAGAAACCCCUUGUCUUCCAUGAGAUGUUCCGCCUGCUGAAGCCGGGAGGUAGGGUUGCAAUCAGCGACAUUCUGGCAAAGCGAGAGCUUCCGAUGGAAAUCAAGACAGACCUUUCCUUGUAUGUUGGUUGUAUCGCGGGCGCCAGCCAGGUCAGCGAUUAUGAAAGAUAUUUGAAAGAAGCAGGAUUUCAAGACGCCUUGAUUCUGGACACCAAUAGCGACCUGAACAUUUACAAGGAAAUGUGGCAAAGCGAAAAGGUCAACGAAUCGGGCCCUACUAGCUCAUGUUGCGAUACGAGGAGAUCUAGACCGGCCGGGGGAGAUGAAGAUGGCGGACGUGGAUUUUAA